UAUCUGGAAUUUAGUAAUGCUAUAUAACUUAUUUGGUUUGGAUUUAUUCUCAAAUGACAGUUCUCUAACUAUAGUCUAUGCUCUGCAUACAUGUUCAUGUUAAAGGCAUGCAUUUGAUCCAAGGAAUCGGUGCUGGUAUUAUCCCUAUUGUUCUAGAUGUCAAUGUGCUUGAUGAAGUUAUUCAAGUGAGUAUAUCCAGUGAGAAAGCUAUUGAAACUGCUAAGCAGCUUGCGUUGAAAGAAGGCUUGUUGCUGGUGGGGAUUUCAUCUGGUGCAACGGUAGCUGCUGCUGCAAUAAAGUUGGCAAAGAGGCCAGAAAAUGCUGGAAAGCUCAUUGUUGUGGUUUUUCCUAGCUGCGGAGAGCGUUAUCUGUCUUCCCCAUUCUUUGACUCCAUCAGGCGUGAGGUAGAAAACAUGAGUUAUGACUGAGGUGUUAUAG